AAAGCUUCACACAGAAAAGCGGCUGUGUAAGAGAGUAAGCAUCGAAAGAUGUGUAGAAGCCAAUGAAUUGGGGAAGAUUGGGAGGUUUGGAAUCCUAGGAAAGCUAUGAAGAACGAUGCAACGCGCCGGAAUUAGAGUUUGAGACUCAGCUGUGACAGCUCUGCGUUCAGGACGGGAUUUUUUUUUUUUAAUAUUAUUUUUAUAAGAACAUUUUCUAGCCGCGGGCAGCUAUGGAAAGGUGACGCAUGGAGAAAGAGAUUCCAGUUCUUCAAACAAACAAUGGCCCCAGUCUAACAGGACUGACCACUAUAGCAACUCAUCUAGUCAAGCAGGCCAACAAAGAGUAUUUGCUGGGGAGUACCGCAGAAGAGAAAGCCAUAGUUCAGCAGUGGUUGGAGUACAGGGUCACUCGAGUCGACGGACAGUCCACUAAAGAGGAUCUCCGCACCCUGCUGAAGGAUCUCAAUUCGUAUCUUGAAGACAAAGUCUACCUUACAGGACACAACUUUACCUUAGCAGAUAUCCUCCUCUACUAUGGGCUACAUCGCUUUAUAGUUGACCUGACAGUUCAAGAAAAGGAGAAAUAUCUUAACGUGUCUCGCUGGUUUUGUCACAUCCAGCAUUAUCCAGGCAUCAGGCAACAUCUGUCUAGUGUUGUCUUCAUCAAGAACAGACUCUAUACUAAUUCCCACUAGAAGCUGCCCCUACCGUCCAGAAGAGUGAUUCCAAGUGUUGUAAACGCAAGGUCUGUCCUGGAUCGGCGGACUCGUGAAUUGAUGUUGCGGUCAUUCUUUGCUGAAGUUGAUGGAGGUUUUCAAGUUUAUUCUGGUGUCUUAACAUUUUAUUCCUUCUUUAGUUUGACAUUUUGCAAUUUUUUUUAUGUAAAAAUUCAACUGCUAUCCAAGAAAGUUGAGAUCAAGUUAUAAAUAACCUUGUUUUUAUAGGUGAAAUUUAUUUUAAUAAAAGCUCCAAAUCAAUGGUUUAACCUUAAAAAAAAGACAGUCCUUACCGUGGUUGACGUAUCUGGCUAUCAAUUAACCUCUCAUGUCCAAAAGUUCCUUUUGCCCUUAUGGAUACUUAUAGUGGUUUGUUCGUUGAGAAUGAUAAAUGGUGCCAAGAAGACAGAAAGGGGAGACCAGUGGAUUUGUAUUCAGAUAUUUAUGUGAGCUAGUAAACGUGAUUGAAAAAUUUUUUGUUUCUUUCUUUCCUGUGGUGUCUUUCUUCCCAGUAUUCACUGGGGUGAAGCCAACGACUGAACUGCCCUGGAAGACACUGGAUUAAGGCACAUUCCCCUUGGGUGGAUGAUUCUUCUUCCUUGUUGGUUUAUUGGCAUGUGCCAGAAGAGAUGGGAAAGUCCGGGAUCUCACAAGUUUUGGGCUUAUAUUGAUGAGAUUUUUCUAAGCUGAAUGAUGAGAUUUUCUAAGGAUGGCUGCUGCCUGGGCACUGUGUGAAGAGACAGUUGGUUAUAGAGCCCUCCUGACUCGGCAGACUCGUCACCCGUGCUCCAGCGCUCCAGAGCUCACCCAUCCAGAUCUUCAGGGAAAUGGAGCCUUCGAGCGCUGGACUGGUUCAUGCUGCUUAAUGUUUCGGUGCUGUUGCUGAGUCUAACCAGUGUACAGCUCAAAGUCCAAGCAGAUGAGCAGUUACUAAGGAGAUACGCAGCACCUUGAGUCCUGAUUUAAUCACUUACUGGCCAAGCAGUGUACCCUGCUUUCUUAAUGUGAAAAAUAAAGUAACUCUGUAAAUUUGGAGCAUUAAAGAAGAAAAUGUGUGGGGAAAAAGCUUAACAUACGAUCCAUGGCUGUCAGAAAAGGUUAAUUUCCUUUCCCUUCUCCAGGCAAAUCAGGAUUUUGUGUUUCUUUUUACAGGGUUGGGGAACCUUUCUUCCAAGGCUAUUUGGAUAUUUACAACAUUCACGGGCCAUACAAAGUUACCAGCUUAACAAUGGCCUGCUGUAGGUUUCCUGAAUUUCCAGUCCUGUCUGCAGCUGCCUUGGCAGGGCCAGUCCAAAUGGCUUUGUGGAGCUAAUGUGGCCUGUAGGCCACAGUUCCCACCCUGGCUUCCGAGGACAUGAAGAUUCUGAGUUCCCCACUUUGCCCUUCAUGUUACUGAGUCAAGAGAGUGGCUAGGGCCUAACAGUCACGAUGCCAGUUGGAAUGCCUGUAUCCCUUAUCGGAGUGCCUCGAUUUGAGUCCUGGCUCUGUAUCCUGUUCCAGUUUCCUACUGAUGCACACCCUGAGAGACAAUGGCUUAAGUAGUUAGGCCCCUGCCACUCGCAUGGGAGUUCCCAGCUGCUGGCCUCGCCCUGACUUGGCGGCAGUUAGGACUGAGCCAGCGGAUAAGCGCUCGUUCUCAUUCGCGCACUUGCUUGCUUUCAUUCUUGUUCUCUUUCCCUCUCUGCCUCUCAAAUAAGCAAAAUAAUAAAUUUCUUUUUUAAAAAAAAGUGUGUGAGUGUUAUAUUAGAUGAGGACAGUUUUUACUUGUACAUACCGGUCUUCACAUUAGAAAUCAUAAACUUGACUCUGCAUGCUCAGAGACUGGAGGACACAGGUGAAUCUUGGAGUUGUCAUCAGGCCCCUCUGCCUUUCAGGCAAACCACUGCCCAGCUGGGUCUGUGAGCCCACCAUACGGUGUCGUGGCUUCAGAGUACCCCUCCACCAGCACUGCCUUCUCCCCGUGUACGGCAGGAGUGAAGCAGAGCAGGUAGGGUCGACAGGACAUGGGCCUUGUAGCCUUUCCAUCCCAGCCUUUGAUAGAAUGAAGUGCACAGUGUUGACAUAACAGGUGCUGCUUGGUUCUACCGUGUGUCAGGACAUCCCCCACUAACUUAGAUCCUAAAAGAUGAGGGGAUGGAGGAAGAGAAAACCCUGGCUCCUACGGUAGCCAAGGGUUAGAUGAUGUCCAACAGCACUGCCCAAAAUGUCUUCUCCAUACCUGAUGGCCUCUUCUGUGUUCAAGUUCACUGCGUGCUCAAGUCCAUCCUGACCGCUCAAGCCUGCUCCAACCCCUGAUUGUGGCAGUAGCCUCAUCAUGUUGUAAUUAAUUCACCUCUUCCACCAGACUUCUCAUUCCUUGAGAGCAGGGGAUUUUCCCUUGCAUAUCCAGUCCUCUCAAAACAAUGGGUAGCACAUAGUAGGUGCUGAAUGCCUAUUCCGUCCUUAAGUUCAGUUUAUGGGCCAGUAUUGACGUCAGAGCUCCAGUCAGUCUGCUUGACGGACCCCUCUCCGAAACCUUAUUAAGCUACAUCUGUCUUCACAUCUGGCUACCGCGGCUGGGAGAGAGGCCAAAAAUACAGUCCUUCCAUGGACACAGUGCCACCCAGAAUAAAUGCGGUGCUCUCUCAGAAUGAGAAAAGGUGAUACUAGGUAGGCACCUGGCAUCUCAGAGAGUGGAUCUUAAACAGGGAAAUACCUUCUGAAUGCCAGAGGGUCAGCUGUAAAAGAACUUAGUAAACUGUUGACAGGUCAUGAAUCACUUCACUGUUUUGGAAAAUAUUGUUUGAAAAGUGGUCAUCAAGGGUACACAGUGCCAUGAGACCAAAGGAAAGGGACAAAUCCUGGGCCCAGAAUGAUUUAUGUACUGACCGAAGCAUGGUCUCCAGCAGCUGUAAGACAGUCCUAUGGAUCUCUGUGUCACAAAGAAGAAGAAAAAGGGUUUUACAGACAAAAGUGGCCCUGUUUCGGUCCAUAAUUCAGUUUUAACUUGGACAAAUUUAUUCUAGUUAAGCCAUAAGUGUCAAUGUGUAAACUUGUUUUGAUUAAAGAAUUUUUCUAUCAAACUACUAGUAAACAACUACUUUGCCAUUUUCCAAGAAGGUGUGGAAUCUUGGAUUUGCUGCUAAGGAAACAGUUUCUUAGUUAACUGGUCAUAGAGAUUAAUCAACCCUGUAUCCCCAAACAAUUCAAACAGUAAACUCAAACUGGUAAAAAUAAAGGGAAUGUUAUUUA